UUUACAAGAUAUUCAGAUUAUAUCUAUAAGGAUAUACUAGGCACGUAUGCGUGUGAAACCAAAUUCAAUUACUCCGCUAGAUCGAAAAACAAAAAAAAGAGCCAGAAAAGGAGUUCAAAAAUAAAAAACAAAAAGCCAGGCUCUGAAGCAGCUCCGUCCCGUUUGCGGUUGCGGUGGUAAGUAGAUCUUGACUGCCAUUGCGGUUGCAAGCAGUUUUUGCGGUUGUAAAGCGAGUGCGCGGCUGUGCUAACAGCCGUGGGUAGUUGUUGUGGCUGGAGUGGUUUUUGCGUCACUUUUCUCCAUGAGCAUGCCGCGGCUUUCAACAUUCUUCGUGCCAAAUUGUGGGUUGGUCUCCACAGGCAAGAAGAGCCCCGCGCUUUUCCACUCGAUACAGGCAUUCAGUGCCGAAAUCGUUUUGCUUAGGCUCGACGUUUGCUUCCCGUCAGCUCUUCAAGAUUUUGAAAGCCUGGGGCGUCGCUGCUUUUUCCUUCCAGCGCCGAGCACACUUUUUUCAGCCAGCUUUGACGACCUUGCCUGCUAUUUUUGUUGCUUGUGGAAUUCAAAAGGUUUCCAAGUUCUCCUGUUGGCCCUCACCUUCAAGCUUUGCCUUGCGUAAAGGUAAUUUACAACCAUAGCGGGGGUCUAGUCAUCGGCUUCGGAACUUUUUGAAAACUUUUGAAAACAGAGAAAAAAGAUGACGCGAAACCACCGAGGGCCGGCGCUCUUUUUUUGGCGCCGUGCCGUCGUGUUUCGUGGUCAUAUAUGCUGACCGAUAAAAGGCGGGCGCGCUGCCGUCGGUCCCACGUGAAUCGUGAGCGGAAUCCCCUCAGCAAGCUUGUAACUCAUUACGCAUCUGAGCGAAUUGCUAACGCUGGGCCAGGCGGUGUCAAAUUGAAUUCAAAACGAAUUCAAAAUGAAUUCAAAAAGUGAGCACUUUUGAAAUGAGCCACAAUCCGCGACGCCCUGGACUCUCAGCGGUUGCUGCCCCGGCAGCUUUUGGCGACCUGGCAGCGCCGCUGCCUGCUGGCUCAUUGGCUCGGGGUACUACGGGCUCAACCCGAAGGGCUGCUCCGCGCCGUGCUAGCGGUGUUGCUGAAUGAUGACCGAGGGCCAGAGCGAUGCGCUGUGAUUCACUUUCCGGCAUACGCCCGCAUCGCCUGCGAAAGGCGACGGCGCUCUGUCGUGGCUUAAAAUUUCGCGCCACUAUUGUGUAGCGCCUGUCUGACACGGGUGGCGGUCUAGUCAUUCCCGCGGCCGGCGCUAUUAUUGGCUUUGGCACUUCAGGCAGGAACGCUACAACUGGCCCGCACGGGCGCAGAAGGGGGCUGCGCUUGUUUGCGGCGCUAAUUUGGGAUCGGCGCAGCAAUUCUAAAGUUCAUCGGGGAGUGGAUCUCAAUUUCAAACUCCAUCCGAUCGACCCGCCCCAAUUCAAACUCCAUCCGGACGACCGGCCCCAAUUCAAAACCCAUCCGGGCGAUCGGCCCCAAUUCAAACUCCAUCGGGCUCAUCGGGGCAAAUUCAAAACUCAUCCGAAUUCUGUCGGAAUUCCGUCCGAAUUUUGUCCCCUACUUGGCUUCUUGAUUCGGACGGAUUCUGACAGAAUUCGGAUGGAUUUUGAAUUGGUGGGGGAUGGGAUUUUGUGGUCCGGGCCACCAGAGUUGUGCCUCCAGUCGACUUCACCUACCGAGACCAGCCUGGGCGAUCUUGGGUGGCUGACCGCAUUGGGAAUCGCGGCCGGGGAUGGCCUCGCCCCUGGCGGCAUUUUGUCCACUAGCGUCACAUGCAAUACGCACAGGCUGACUUGCUUGAGCACUCGCCGGGCCAAGCCGCGACCCCGACACCGAGGCCAGCCAUGCUCCUAACCGCAUGCGCCGGCCCCCGACGGUUCCCGGCAUUUUUCCGUGGCUGGGCAGGGUCUUCUCUUAUUACACCGGCAGCACCCCCCUGACGCCGAGCCGGGUUUCAAGGUUCGCAAGUUAAGGCAUGAUAACAAACUUCGGCCGCCGGUCGAACCAAAGCGCGUUCGCCCCAUUUCCCGGAAGUUCCUUCGCGUGAUUGGAUCCAGUUGCCGACUCGCGCCUGGUCCGCUGGACCAAGCACAGGGCGCAGCGUUCAUGUGAAAGCGGUUACAGGCCGUUUGCCAUGGCUGUCGCGCGCCACAUUUGUUUCGCCCGAUUCGCCCCCUCGGAGGGGCGUCUUUUUGAAAAUGCCAACUUUUUGAAUUCAGUUUGAAUCACGAUUACACUCCGAGCGGUCUAGAGUUAACGAAUUGCCGCGCUGUUUCGUGAUAGGUUUUGACCCCGGAGCCGAGGCGGGCUGUUGUUGUUUCGUUUUACAUGCGACGCAUAGCGUUGUGGGUAGCCUUUUCCACCACGGCGCGGCUUGAGGUAAAAAGCGCGAGACUUCAACUUUCGUUGAAGCCCUUAGGCAAAACAGGACGCGCGCGACGAUUUUCAGCUGUGUUGUUUUUGGAGUUUCCCGCUAUUCGUGAAAAACAAGGACCGAGGCUAUGGCGCCGCUUUUCUGACCUUUAUUUUUUUGAUCACGGCCUGAAGUUGGGAAGCAAGACUGCUCAAAAACUUUUAAAAGGCUUUGGCUUGGACUUGGGGCACCGAAACGGACGGACGGAAUUAGGUGGUGACUGGCGGAGCCUCUUACCUCAACCCUCGAUAGACAGGCGUGGGCUUACAUCUUUGCACGACCUGGCACACGACUAGGAGGAGGCAGUGUGGGCGCCUCUCUGACGUGGAAACACGUCUUUACCCUUAGCCCUGUGCUAUAUACCAGUCGCUACAAGGAUGAUCUGUAAAAACAACAACUGCCGACGCAUCUAUGUAUGUAAAAACCCUAAGCCCAUGCGUAGUGCAAGAACAUAUGUAGAGCAUGCCUGAGUCCCGCGCUGCAGUGUUGUUGAUCUUGAGAUUUAAGCUGGUGACAAGAGCUAGGGUAUGCAACUAUUUUUUUUUUUCCGUGGCGUCUGUGGUUUUUUAACUUUUAGAUCUUAGUCGUACGACCUUGCUUCGGAUACGCAUCGCAAAAAAAUAUAUCUAUUACCCCUGCGAGUCAACAUCUGCAGCCGCCGGGUCAUACAUGUUUACUCUAGUGCCACGGGUCUCCAUUUUAUGCCGUGGUCUUUCGUCGCCACAUACAAAUAAGUUGUUAUCUACAGGGGGCGAUAUGGGAGAUCUUGGGCAUUUUCUAAGCCUGCUAAGGCCUACCUACACACCCGGUCGAGCCUAGCCUCUGUGUGUGUUAGUUAGGAUGAUCGUGGGCGCCUGUGAACAGGCUAUAGACCAAGCCUGCUUUCUAAGUGGUUCAGACACACAGAGGCGCGUAUCUACGUACUUCCUGCCUGCUGCGGUAGCAGCAGGCGCGACUUCGUCCAAAGCGGGUUUACAUGGCUGAGCAUCAGCAGCCCCCGCGAGUGUCCUCUUCCCGUUUCGGCAUGAGGAAGGGCAGCACGUGGCCGAAGCCUCGCACUGCCCUUUCUCGAUCUGUUGUUAUUUUGAUUUUUGGAUGAAGCAUCGCUUGGCAGGAUGAAACGCGCAUAGAGAAAUGAGACCUACUCUAAGACCAUGAGCCCGCGCUUGGAUAUUGGUCGCGAUGCAAAAAGCUACAGCCCACCGCGCGACAAAUAGUCCCGCCAGGUGUACGAGCCCAGGACCCCAGUGCCGAGCAAGUGGAGACUGCGCCGCAAAAUAUCUCGAGAACUCCACACAACUGCCGCGAGUAGCCCAAUGGCAGGCGGUCACUCUCCCACCGGAACCCGCAAUGAAUGACCUUGAUCGCUGCCUCAGAAAUAUCACAAACAUCUAGAAAAAAUAAGUCCCUGAUCAUUCCUCCCCCGCCGCGGUCCCCGCGCGCUUGUUCAGCAUCGCCGGCCGUUGCCGCCCCUUGCCGCACUCUGCACGGCCUGUCGUUUGCUCGUAUAGUCGUGACUUAUCACGGGAUCACAAUAGCGCAGGGGCAGUACAUAUAGCAGUCUGUGCUGCGCACUUCAGACAUGCUGUCGCGCCUAUUUCACGAACAGGCUGGCGCCGAUGGUGCUACCAGGUGUAUCAGUUGUGCGCGCGCUCCAGUCGGGUUACACUCGCAGCCAGCCGUGCCCGGGACUGGGGCUGUGUCUGCUCUUUCGAGGAAGCCACGUCGCGGCCUCGGCGCCGGAGGAGAUGUUUGCGCGGUGCCGUCAGUUGUUGUCGCCGUGGGGACGGGGACCUUUAUAAUGUGCUCCGGUUUGCCGUUGCCAGGGUGCACCUUGGCGCCGCGCCUCGUCUGACUUGAUCGCUCCCAUCGGUCUGUAAGCUGUUUCGGUCGCCUGGUGGGUUCCCCGGCAUGCGGCUCUUCGGCUUGUUUCGUCGUUUCCUCGUUUUGUUGGUUGCGGCCCGUACUUGGUCGUGCUGAGGCAUCGGGCAAAAGAGGCAGAAAAACCGCGCGCCUUCCGCCGUUUUCUCGUUCUGUUGUUGCAUCCGGGUCGGCGUUGCUAGGUCGUGAGCAGGCGUCCUAUGUAACCCGCGACAAAGAUCCAGAGAAAUGCGCUGUAGCAUCGGCGUCCUGAACGUUCUUUAUUGCAUCUGUGCACGGGACAAAAUCAGCGCCAGCAUGUGCACGUGAGAAAAUCAAGCAUGCCACUCAUGAAAUAAACAAAAGCAAAAGAAUAGGCGUCGCGCAUGACCCCAGUGAACACUUACCGCGUGGCGUCCUGAGUGUUCUUUGUGGUAUUUGCAGUUGUAUUAUCAGAGCUCUCUGUGCAUGAGCAAACCGGAGAAACUCAAGCAGAAUCCGUGCGAAACAGUACCGGACUCAAGCAGAACCCGCUGCGGGAGCUUCCAGAAGGAAGACCAAAGCAAAACGCUAUCGGGCUCGUUUCGGGCUCGUGAAAGAAGGACAGUAAUAAAAAGACUGCAUUUGUUGGCCUCCGCCAUACCGCCUAGCCAAAAUGAGCAUUGUGCCGGCGCCGAGUCUAUGUGUGCGGUUAGUGUUUUUCGCUAUUUUCGCCAAUGUCUUUGCUUUUGCGAUGAAGGGGGUCCGCUGAGUCAGCCUGUUGGGUUUUUUGAUAUUUGGCCUCUCUUUUUGAUACUACGAACAGGGAGCAAAUCUCUUUGGCCUUUUGCCUUGACCACGAAGCCCGCCGAUGUUGCAAGCGGAGCCAUCAAGCUCGGCGCUGCUUCAACCUUCUCAGAUGCGGGCGCUUUUCACUGUGGCGGAGUGUGGAAGCUGAGCUCCCACGAAAAGCGCGGGACCCCAUCGGACACACAGGAGAACCGCGACGGCAUGCCGGGGCUCGAUCUCGUAUUGGCCGUGCCGUCACUGGCCACCCACCUCAGCCAGCCAGCCCCAGGCAAAUUCGGGCCAAUAAAAUCAGCGCAGAAAAGCACUAAUAAAAAAGCUGCGCCGGGCGUCGUCUCGUUGGUUUUGCGCAUUGCGUGGCCAGGGGCUGGCUUUUUCGGAAUUCCCGAAGAGCGUCGCGGGUUGUCCGCCAGGGGGAAAUUCUGCCCGGGGGCCCGGGUCUUUUGGCGCCUGGCCCGCGGAUGUUGCGUUUGGGUUCUGUGCCCACCGCGAGGGCGCAGCCCUGCCAUGCGCCUUGCCGGAAUUCCCCGGCUUCGUUCCCGCCGGGGACGGGUUUUGUCGGGUUGCUUCUCGGGUGGCGCUUUCGUGGUUGUGUUUCUCGGCCCGGGGGCUUGGUUUUGCCGUGGCCCUUCCCCCGGCCGGGGGUUUCAGGGGGUAGGGCGUCGCCCGCCGGGACCUGGGGAGCUGGUCCCGGCCCAGCGUGUGGCCUUUGGGUGGAAGCGGCGCUCUUGCGGGCCAACAGGGGACGAGGGUUUUUGCAGAGAGGGCGGCAGGACUUGCGACCGUUUUCGUAUGAUCCUUCCCGCGGCCUGGCCUCUGCAGUAAUUUUUGCGAUGAUCUGCGCAAUAAAAUUUGCAUGAAUUGGAAAAGGAUGCGGCUUCUUUUGACACAUGUUCGGCGCUUUUUGACACAUGGUCGGCCGGAUCGGCCGUAGUCUCCUCGGGGGUCGAGAAAUAAAAAAAAAACGUUGCCGGCUCUUUUUGACACAUGGUGACGGAUUUGGGUGCGGACUGCGAAACCAAAUCGAAUGCGCGGACUGUCUGCCUGCGCUUCUUGGGCCCGUUCUAUUGCGAAACACUUCGCAGGAAGACGAACUACAUCAAGACCGACGCCGGGUAGGGGCAUGGACACUGAGCGAGGCCGACGAGUUACCGACGCCAAUGCCAAAGGACAAGAGAGCGAAACUUCGAACACGAAGCGGGAAAGUGCGCGGAGGAAACGAAUGAGGGGACCUCGGGGAAAGCUAUUGCCCAGCCCCUCGCGGCAAUGUAUGCGAGCCCCGAGAUGCGAGCGCCCCCAGUCGGACGGCGCCCGCCCCAACAUCUUCGCCCCCAGAUGCGCCUGCGCCGCUGUGCCGCGCUCGAGAUGUCAAAACAGGCCAGAAGGGCAGCAUCCAUGCGUCCUGCCGCUCCCCGCGCUUGCUGCCCAGGGAGGCCACCACAGAGUGGCCCGCCUGCUCAUCGAGAAAGGCCCGCUGAGCCGGCGAAAGGCUCCGGGCGCCUUGCGUUCGUUGCUGGUAGAUGGAGCCAUGCCGCAAGCCCCCGGCGCCGGAGACCUGCGCCGUCGCCAACUCGCACAGCGGUCACCUUUGAAAGCGAAACGCCGCAACUUUCGUACCCCUAGAGAGGAAGAAGAAGAAGAACAAGAAGGAACAGCGACGAAAUAAAGGAACUGCAGAACGAUGAAGAUGAAACGAGUGGCGCGCUUUGCAUCGGCAUAAAGAAAAAAGCAAGAAGAAAAAGUGGAAACCGGAACAAGAGCAGAGCCGAAUCGCGGCGGUGUGGUGUUUCCAUGUGUCAAAGCGAGCCAGUUAAGUCUGAAAAAAAGCCGAGCCCAUUUAAAAACAUGGGGAGUCCUUUGGGAAAUCGCACCCCAAAAAAAUUAUGGCAAAUUUUACUGCAAAGCCAACCCACAAUAUCGAAGAAAAAAAGUGUUACUGUUACACAUUGCAAGAAAUAAGCCGAGUACUUUCAUACGUUCAGUAAGAAUUUUUUUGGCACGCAGGUCGGCGAAAACUUCGUUUCUGAUGAAUGACGCAGACAUGACGAAUGCAGCCAGCCAUCGGCCCCCUCAGUUACGUCCUACACUAGCUAGCUGAGGGCGCGCCUAUUUUGGCGCUCCGCUCCAAAUGGCUGGCCCGGAAUGCGGUUCGCUGGCCUUUUGUUUCCUGGCCCCAUCCCGUGACAACAUGAAGCAGAGAAUACAGAUGGAAGGGGACUCGGUCACAAGGGUGGCAAACCGCCUCCGGGUGAACAUUGGCAGGGUUUUGGUAGCCCUGUAGCACGAGUGUUUCGCUAUCAAGCAUGCGCGGCUUGACUUGUAGGCGAGAUAUUUUCUCAGACACCCACGGAAGAGCCUGCGCCCGCAGGAUCCCUGAAAUUCAAUCACGGACGUGGGGGCAGCUUCUUUUGCGUGGUGUGCAAACUUGACGCAGAGCCUCUAGCUGAAGGCUCGCGCUUUCGCGUGUUUGCUUUCAGUCGAGGCGUUACACAUUUGGAAAAAAAGCGGCAAUCUCUUGCGCAAAAUCACCCACAUUUUGACCCUCCCUUGAGGGCUGGCCAAUGUUACACAUUUUGGUGCGUAACGCAGCAGUUUUUUUGCGAACCCCCGUGGCACUCUGCGAUUUACUGUGUUACACAUUUCAAACAGUAUCAAGAUUCCGCUCGAGGAGAAAAGUCUCGAAGUUGGAUUCCGCCCGGUGAAAAAAGUGUUACAUAUCGAAAAAAAAGUGAUGCAGUUGCUAUUUUUUCUGGCCUUGCUUUGACCCCUCAAAAAAAUGCAGUGUGUAUCACUUUUUUUUUGCAAUCCGGGUGGAAAGUUGGCUUUCGGGACAGGGUGUCGAUUUCGCCAGGAAAGGGCAAACUACGUAGAGCCAUCAUGGCCACGAUGGGAAGGAAAAGGCUGGCACUGCAAAAGCGCCCGCUCGUCGCGUCAAAUGCCAGCAAGCGCUGUUCUGCAAUUUUCGCUCCCGCGCGUGUCGCCGUUGCACAAGUCAGGCUGGAGGCGUCAAAAACGGUCGCUGCGGUUCGUCAGGUUUGCGACUAAGUGAAACAGCAGGCAUUGUCCCUCGCAAGGUCGAAAGCAUCGCUGUGACCUUGGCCCGCUCUAUUGUUUCGCUGAGACAUUCUGCCGCCGCCCGGUCUAUCAGUCACUGGAGUUCUCAAUCAGGUCCGCGACAUGUAGCAGCUUGCCUUCUUAGCUAUUCCAGUGAACUGAAGCAGCCGCAGCUACGUGGAGGCCUUCUCUUUGCCUGACACGAAAAUGAAAACGCAAUAGGCGUGACAGGUAGCCGCGGCUCGAAAAAAGUUCUAGCCUGCCCUUGAAAAAAUACGCUAUUUUCGAUGCCGUGUGUAACUGUAACACUUUUUUCCUUCGAUACACAAAGUAAACAAAAUCUACAGCGCAAAGGAGCACAGUAAUCACACCGGAGACCCAUGCUGGAGAAAGCAGAAAGAGCUGCAGCGUUUUGGGCGUGGUUUGCAAAGGAACCGGGAUGGCCCGGGGUUUUUGUUUUUGGGCGUCAUUUUUGGGGCUUAGGCCUUUUCGGCGCAGUCCUUGGGGCCCUUGUGGUUUCUUGGCCUGAUCCUUGGCGAGAUUUCUGUUUGCUUCCCGCAUGGUGUUGCGCCAGCGUAGCGCCCUGCGUUGCAUAUGCUAGACAGGGCCCCCUGGGGGAUAUUCCUAUUGGCUCCCCCCAUUCCGUUCCCAGGCCCUUUCUCCGCUUCGUGAUCUGGCGCAGAAGCCGGGGGCGCGAUGGGCCCGCAGGCAGUUGGCCCCGGCUGUCCUCGCGCGGCCGCGGCCACUUCCUGCGCUCGGCCCCUGUCUGUCUGGACCAUGCGCCGCGUCUUCCCCCUGGUCUGUCAUUCGCGCCGGCGCUUUGGCGCAUUUCUUGGCUCCCUUUCCCGCUUUUACAUUAGUUCUUCUUUACACCAAAUUCAAACCGGGCAGCUUGCCCGGGGCCGGCAGCCUGAGCUACCUACGAAGUUGCGAGACAGCUUCCUGGACGAGGAGGCCUCUGGGAGGUUCAAAGCUUUCAAAUACAAGUCUACUAAAAAUUCUGAAGGUUUAGCAUAGACCCCCGCUAUGGUUGUAGUUUCCUUUCGCUUGCGUCUUCCACUUUUUGACUUUAGCCUUUGCUUUUUCCUUUUAGUUUUUGCCCGUAGCGGUAGCUUUCUCUUUUUUUUUAGUUCUUACUUUUAGUCUGUUGCUUUUAGUGUCUGCUUUUAGAUUUUCUUCCUUUAGUUUUUUCUUUUAGGUUUUGCGUUUGGUUUCUUGGUUUUUUGCUUUUGCUUUUUGUUUUUAUUUUUUGGCUUUUGCUUUCAGAUUGAAAUUGUGGAGUAAUUGCCUGGCCAUCACGACUUUAGUCGUAGCAAGGGAUAGAUUAUAAUGCUUCUAGUUUUGUGCUAUCAACUGACAAAAAGAAAUCGAAAUCAUGCGAAUGGGUUUCGUUUUUAUUCCAGAUGUUGCAAAAAAAAAAAAGAAAUCGAUGCUGCAGCGACCCAUCUCUCAGACGUCCAAAAUCGUGUCACACUUGUUAGUAGCAAUCACAUGUGACGGCUCACUCGCAGUUCUUGCACGACUCUAGCCGCUAUUUUGUUCGCAUCUCAGACUCAGUGCAACACUUUAUUUGUAGUUAAGCGCAAGUGUUGUUGCGAAUGCGGUCCACAACGAAAGGAAAGAGUAUGACACAAAUCAAAAAAUGAGAAGUCCCAACGAGAAUUGAUCUGCGUCAUGAAAUCAAAAUCGGCAGAUCCCGGCUGUAGUUUGUAUGACGUAGUUCUUGUAGGCUUGACCAAUGACUACAUCCACAUGCAUUUGUUCCUUGGAUAAGCAACUCAUUUUUAUUCAUACAUGACCCAUGUGUUGUUUAAACUAGUAGCAAGAAGGGCUGAGCAUGUUUCCAUCAGUUGUACUUAUUUGUUUCUCGCGAAGUUCCUGCACACAUACAGCAAAGGUCUAAUCAAAAACGUCAAAAAUAUCAUGGGGAACAAAAGUAAGGAAGAGGAGGCGAAGGACGAUGUCCGAAAGGACUACUGGGAGAUUCUGCGGGCAGGCAAGAAGCGGGAGGACCAAGGAGGCGGACAGCACAGUAGUGACGAUGAAGACGCGCGACAACGAAAAGAGCGGCUGCAUGAAGCGCACCGGAAAAAGCUCGACGAGGAGCGGGACAGGAGACUGGAGCGGCAGACACUGGAAACAUUAAAGCAAACGAAGAAGAUAUCCCACGAAAAAGCUGUUCAACUGUGA